CUACACGCCUUACGUGCACCGCGUAUAUAAUGGAAGCAAGUUAACGGAGGGAGCACCACCGGGCAACACACCACGUACGGCGCUUCACCGAGGACAAGCUUGGAAGAGGGAUCGAUCGACAAUGGCGUCUGCUGCGCUCCCGGCGGCGGCGGCGGCGGCGGUCGAGCCCAAGAAGAAGAGCAACUUCAAGUACGCCUGCACCUGCGCCCUCUCCGCUUCCAUGGCCACCGUCGUCCUCGGCUAUGACGUCGGGGUGAUGAGCGGGGCGUCGCUCUACAUCAAGGAGGACCUGCGGCUGACGGACGUGCAGGUGGAGAUCAUGAUGGGCAUCCUCAGCGUCUACGCGCUCCUCGGCUCGUUCGCCGGGGCCAGGACGUCCGACUGGAUCGGCCGCCGCUACACCGUCAUCAUCGCCGCCGCCAUCUUCUUCGCCGGCUCCUUGGUCAUGGGCUUCGCCGUCAACUACGUCAUGUUCAUGUUCGGCCGCUUCGUCUGCGGCAUGGGCGUCGGCUUCGCCAUCAUGGUCGCGCCCGUCUACACCGCCGAGGUCGCCCCGGCCUCCACCCGCGGCCUCCUCACCUCCUUCACCGAGGUCUUCAUCAACGUCGGCAUCCUCCUCGGCUACGUCUCCAACUUCGCCUUCGCGCGCCUCCCGCACCACAUCAACUGGCGCAUCAUGCUCGGCAUCGGCGCCGUCCCCUCGGCCUUGCUCGCGCUCAUGGUGCUCGGCAUGCCGGAGUCGCCCCGGUGGCUCGUCAUGAAGGGCCGCCUCGCCGACGCCAGGGUCGUGCUCGAGAAGACCUCCGACACGCCAGAGGAGGCCGUGGAGCGCCUUGACCAAAUCAAGGCUGCCGCCGGCAUCCCCCGCGACCUUGACGGCGACGUGGUCGCCGUGCCCAAGAGAAAAGGCGGUGACGAGAAGCAGGUGUGGAAGGAGCUCAUCUUUUCGCCCACCCCGGUCAUGCGCCGCAUACUGCUCGCGGCGCUCGGCGUCCAUUUCUUCCAGCAGGCGACUGGCUCCGACUCGGUCGUGCUCUACAGCCCACGCGUGUUCAAGAGCGCCGGCAUCACCGGCGACAACCACCUGCUCGGCGUCACAUGCGCCAUGGGGGUCACCAAGACUCUCUUCAUCCUUUUGGCCACCUUCCAAAUCGACCGUGUCGGCCGGCGGCCGCUGCUGCUCACCAGCACCGCCGGCAUGCUCGUCUGUCUCAUCGGCCUCGGCACGGGCCUCACCGUCGUGGGCCAGCACCCGGACGAGAAGAUCACGUGGGCAGUCGGCCUGUGCAUCGCCUCCACCUUGGCCUACGUGUCCUUCUUCUCCAUGGGCCUCGGCCCCAUCACCAGCGUCUACGUCUCCGAGGUCUUCCCGCUGCGGGUGCGUGCGCUCGGCUUCGCGCUCGGCGUCGCCUGCAACCGCGUCACCAGCGCCGCCAUCUCCAUGACCUUCCUCUCCUUGUCCAAGGCCAUCACCAUCGGCGGCAGCUUCUUCCUCUACGCCGGCCUCGCCGCGCUCGGCUGGCUUUACUUCUACGCCUUCGUUCCCGAGACGCGCGGGCAGCCGCUUGAGGACAUAGGGAAGCUUUUCGGCAUGAAGGACGCCGCCGUCGAAGACGACGACACCGCCACCAAAGACAAGCAGGUGAAAGCAGCUGUGGAGAUGAACUAGCUAACGUACGGCCGGAGAGUGGGUUUCCUCGUAACAUGCAUGCAUGCAUGCAAGGGAUGGAUCACCAUCCAUUGGGGGUUCUUUUGAGUUUCCUGCUACUUCUUUCUUGGGUUUUUGAUCAAAUUCGUCCUGUUUUCGGGAUGUUUCAUUGUGUUUUUUAUUUUUCCACCAAAGUGUAUCAGAAUGUUUCGUCGCCUACUGACAAAUAAGAGUGUGUCUUGUCUUACAUUGAA